AUGAAUUUUCUGAAUUCAGCAGCAUCCAUAUGCAGAAGAGUUAGCUUGAGGGAACUAAUCACCGAGUUUGAUCAUCUUUUCUGGUUUACCUCACUGGUGUUCUUUUUCGUGUUUGGGAUGUUUAAGAUGGUUCAUAAACGUUGGGCAGCUAAGAAAACAGCUGGUUCCACCAAGAACGGUCGUGACUCUAAACCCAAGAAUCUCGGCGUCAAGAAAUUCGGAGGAGAGAAUGUGAUACCGGAAGGGCGAGUCAGGUUCGAGAAAGAUGGAGACAGCUUCUUCUUCGGUGUCAUGAAAAAGACAAUGAUUAAAUAA